ACGUCUCCUAGAUUCUCAGAUUGUUUUGACCUUUGGCACCGUUUCCCUUUUCCCUUUUUUUUAUUUUUUAACACUCUGCUUCUGAUUUCAUAUUACAACGUAAAAGCUCCGGAUCUGAGUCGUCUCCGGCGACACUAAAUGGAAGUUCCCGGUGUUGGACUCCGCCGUGUAUUAGUGUUAGCCUUUUGCGUCGCCGGUAUUUGGUCUGCCUAUAUUUAUCAAGGUUUUCUCCAGGAAACUCUGUCGACCAAGCGAUUUGGUGCAGAUGGGAAGAGGUUCGAACACCUUUCGUUCCUUAACUUGGCGCAGAAUGUAGUAUGUUUAAUCUGGUCAUAUAUAAUGAUAAAGCUUUGGUCCAGUGGUAGUAAUGGCGGUGCUCCUUGGUGGACAUACUGGAGUGCUGGCAUUACAAAUACAAUUGGUCCGGCUAUGGGAAUCGAAGCAUUAAAGUAUAUCAGCUAUCCUGCCCAGGUCCUUGCAAAAUCCUCAAAAAUGAUUCCAGUUAUGCUGAUGGGUACUUUAGUUUAUGGGAUAAGAUACACUUUUCCAGAGUAUCUUUGUACUCUCCUUGUUGCGGGAGGGGUAUCUAUAUUCGCACUAUUAAAGACUAGCUCGAAAACUAUCAGCAAGCUGGCUCAUCCAAAUGCACCUCUUGGAUAUGGGCUAUGUUUUCUGAACCUUGCAUUUGAUGGAUUUACAAAUGCUACUCAGGAUUCAAUAUCCGCCAGGUAUCCAAAAACAAGUGCCUGGGAUAUUAUGCUAGGGAUGAACUUAUGGGGUACCAUUUACAACAUGGUCUACAUGUUCGGCUGGCCACAGGCUAGUGGAUUUGAGGCAAUCCAGUUUUGCAAGCAGCAUCCAGAGGCAGCAUGGGAUAUAUUUCUCUAUUGCCUUUGUGGGGCAGUGGGCCAGAAUUUCAUCUUUCUAACCAUAAGUCGAUUCGGCUCCCUUGCUAAUACCACAAUCACCACCACCCGCAAGUUUGUCAGCAUCGUGGUUUCAUCACUCCUGAGUGGCAAUCCCUUGUCAACAAAACAAUGGGGGUGCGUUGCCAUGGUCUUCUCCGGGUUGUCAUACCAGAUCUACCUCAAGUGGAAGAAGUUGCAGAGAUUUCAGAAGAAGAGAAAGCCCAUGUAACGUUUUUCAACCAUAACCCUCACCCUUCAUCAUUUUUCCCCAUCAUAUCCCUCUUUGUUAUAUCAUUUAUGGGUAGCCAUAAGGCGAAAAAAAAAAAAUUAGUAGCCAUAAAGUUGCGAUGGCUUCAAGUUUAGAUGAUACCUAAAAGGAAUCAGUUGAAUGUAACUGUAGAUUUUUAUGUAGUAGCACUAUAUUUUGCCACAACCCUUGCUCAAGCUUAUUGUUAAUAGUUUCUGUAUCUUGUAAUCUA